AUGCCCCCCAUCCUGUCUCCUGUCACCACCAGCCACGGAGCCUGGACAUUGUGGACGGCCCAGCCAGGCUGCAGAAAAGAACAGGAAAGCUCGGAGGCCCCGCCAGGCGUCCUGUGGGCCGGCUGUGUCCAGAGCCCACUGCCGGGCCUGGGGGAUCUGGGCACGCAGGUCCUGGCUUCCACCCCUGGGGAUGUUCGGCGGCGGCGGUGGCGCUCAUGCGUCUCAUUCAGCGCCUCCUUCCGCGGGGCCUCCUUUCCCUCGGGGAGUCCCCGCCCGCGGGGCCGGCCGCGCCCCGAGCUUCCCGCCCGCGGGAGCAACACCGCCCCCGCGCCCCACCCCUGGCCCCGCCGCCCGCCGGGGUCUCCCAAGCCCGCUCUGCGCAGGGCGGGGUUCUUCCUCUGCAGCGGGCAGACCGUGGACCGGGGCGCCGGACAGAGGCUGGAGGGGGGCCUAGGUGGGGGGAAUCCCCGGUGGCUGUCCGCUCCCCACCCCCACCGCGGCCACCAGUCACCGCUCCCAGGCGGGACCCGGAGGCUUGCGGUUGACUCUCGAGUGGUGGCUGCCCUGUGGCCCAGAGAGCCCGGUCGCAGGCGGGUGGGUGAGCGCAGAAGGACGCUGGCCCUGGACUGCUGUUUGAGGGGCCCAGCCCCCUCCUCACAGCUCAGCACGCUGGAGCAGUCUCAGGCUGCCUCACCUCACCCAGCCCCUGGGUCAGCUGAGGACAUGGCUGAGGCGCUGCGGCCGCCUGCCGCUCUGGAGCCAGCCACAGACAGGCAGCGCCAGGGAGGUGUGCAGGCAAAGGCUCUCGCUCUGUCCAGCGGGCACCACUGGCAGUGGACGGCGACGGGGAGGGGCCUGCACUCUUGUGAAUCCAGAGACCGGCACCAGCUGAAUGAAUGUCCCCAGGACGUCACACUGGCCCCCUCUAUCGAUGGCCCUGUGCUAAUGAGACCAGAUGAGCAAGACGUGGUGAGCACACUGGGCCCUCCUGAGUGAGAGAAUCCCCUCCAAAGUAGAGGACAGAUAAGUGACUGCCUCUCGCAGCCCCUGCCAGGACACACAGCACCUGGAAGGCUUCUGGGAGCUUGAAGAGCAUAUUCCACAUUUGGGGACUCUGUUCCAACCCAAUACUGGGGGACAUGAAAGGACAACUCUGAACAGGCACAGAGCAGAACCAGCUCUACCGCCGUCCAAGCCCAGCUCCCGUGUCCUGGUUGCUACUUAACAAUCUGACCCUGCAGACCAAAGGCACGGGUGGUAAGGGGUGGGGGUUUAAAGUCAAGUGCCCAUGGAAGACCCUAACCACAGGCAAGUGCAGAGGAGGGCCGUGCUAUCCGCAGUGGGUGUUGCGUGCCUGCAUCGAGGACUCUUGCCGUGGUUCUGGGCCCCUGCGGAGAUGCACGGUCUGGCCAUGGGAUGCCCCAUGGGUGUGUCUCUGCCUUGCUCGCUGUCACUGGCUCUUAGACCUGCCCCAUCAUGAGGCUGAGCAGGCAGCGGUUGUCUUCAGGGGGAUGUGGUACAUCCAGGACAGCAGGAGGCGGCACACAUAGGUUGUCCUGGCCUGUGCGGACCCCACCCCAUGAUUCGUGUUCCCAGAGCAGACCCACAUUCAUACCAUUGCCGCCUCCCUGUCUAACACAGCUUGGCUGAGGUCCAGGCCACUGUCCAGGGACUGCCCUGAGCGUCUGUCCGCCUUGGUGUCAGCGGGAGCUGGCUCAUCCUCUGGUGGGGGCCGUCCUCUGUGGCAAGGUGUCCUGUGCCCUGGUGGGAGCACUCCUCACCAGGUCGUGACAACCCACAGCACCUCCAGAGGUGGUCCCCUGUCCCCUGGGGGACAUGACAGCUGCCUAUUGAGAACCGCUGGCUCACAGAACAUCUCAUCCUGCGGA